GGCGGCGGAGGCGGCGCGGGCAGCGCGGCGGGCAUGGCGGCGAACCUGAGCCGGAACGGGCCUGCGCUGCAGGAGGCCUACGUGCGGGUGGUCACGGAGAAGUCCCCGACCGACUGGGCGCUCUUCACCUAUGAAGGCAACAGCAAUGACAUCCGUGUGGCCGGCACGGGCGAGGGCGGCCUCGAGGAGCUGGUGGAGGAACUCAGCAGCGGGAAGGUGAUGUACGCCUUCUGCCGGGUGAAGGACCCCAACUCCGGCCUGCCCAAGUUUGUCCUCAUCAACUGGACGGGCGAGGGUGUGAAUGAUGCGCGGAAAGGAGUUUGCGCCAACCAUGUUAGCACCAUGGCCAGCUUCCUGAAGGGGGCUCACGUGACCAUCAAUGCACGGGCAGAGGAGGACGUGGAGCCCGCAUGCAUCAUGGAGAAGGUGGCCAAGGCCUCAGGGGCCAACUACAGUUUCCACAGGGAAAGCAACCGCUUCCAGGACACAGGGCCCCAGGCCCCCGUGGGUUCUGUGUACCAGAAGACCAAUGCCGUGUCUGAGAUCAAGAGGGUUGGCAAAGACAGUUUCUGGGCCAAAGCUGAGAAGGAGGAGGAGAACCGCCGGCUGGAAGAGAAGCGGCGGGCAGAGGAGGAGCGGCAGCGGCUGGAGGAGGAGCGCAGGGAGAGGGAGCUGCGCGAGGCAGAGCUCCGGGAGCAGCGCUACCAGGCACAGCAGCUUGCAGCCAGCCCCGCCAGGACGAGUGAGCAGCAGGACAUGGCUUCAAGAAACAGAGAGGAGUGGGAGUCAGCCGGAGCACAAGCCGUGCACCCGCGGGAAAUCUUCAAGCAGAAGGAGCGGGCCUUGUCCACCACCUCCAUCUCCAGCCCUCAGCCAGGCAAGCUGAAGAGUCCCUUCCUGCAGAAGCAGCUCACGCAGCCCGAGGUCCCCUUCAGCCGGGAGCCAACUCCUACUGUCUCCAGACCCACCGCAGGUGGCCCCGAGGAGCCAGCACCCCGUAGCCCUCCAGGCCUUGAGCAGGAGCAAGAGGAGGCUGUGUACGAGGAACCCCCGCAGCCAGAGGACCUUUACGAGGAGCCCCCGCUGGUGGGUUCACUCAUGGGAGGGCUCAGGCAUGCCUGGCACUACGUGCAGGGCCAGGACCUCAGCGGGCAGGGGCUGUGUGCCCGAGCCCUGUAUGAUUACCAGGCAGCGGACGAGACCGAGAUCUCCUUCGACCCCGAGAACCUCAUCACGGGCAUCGAGGUGAUCGAUGAGGGCUGGUGGCGUGGCUACGGGCCGGACGGCCACUUCGGCAUGUUCCCCGCCAACUACGUGGAGCUCAUCGAGUGAGGCCAAGGCCAUCUUCCCCUCUGCAGCCAGGGACACAGCUGAGCGCUGAAGCCUGGGGACUCCCUGUCACCCCAGAUGUAACCUGGUGACUCCCCAGCGGUUCCUGCAGCCCUGGCUGGGCGGAGCUGCCUGUGCACCUGCCUUUUCUCCUGCUCUGUUUCUCGGGGUGUGACCACAGCUGCCUAGGUUGACGCUUACCCUCAGGAGAAUGGUCUUUGGUGACAUCCAAACCAAGUCGGAGCCAAUCUCGGUGAGGGCUGACCCUGAGGAUGGGCUGGGGCUGUGAGAGGGGUCCUUGCCAGGCUCCCCUGUGGCUGCCCCCACAGCGCGGGCCGCUACUGACAUCUGAGGUGUGCUGGAAUGGCCUGCACGCCUGCCAUUGUGUCCCAGCCUGUCUAUCUGAAGAACGAAUCUGCCAAUCACUUA